GCGGAGGGCCCGGCCCUAGGCAGCUUUAACUGUUUUCUUGGGGCGACCCCUGGGGUUUUCUCAGCCGAUAGGUGCCAAGCGCCUCUCGAGGCCAGCCCCUGGGAAUGCAGCACACAAAUGAGUCGGCCUCUCCCCUCAGGAAAUACAAUCACACUGAUUAUAUCUUUCUGAAUCCAUUUUGUUUCUUUGGACAUUAGCAUGACUAAAGAUUGAACUACUGUGUGCCAGGACAUUAUUCACAAAUUCUUUUUUCUGAUUGUAACAGAAAAAGUCAAAUGUUAUUCCGCCAAGUCAGAGUAGAAUCCUGCUUAUCUGUGAAAUGCAGUUAACACAUCAGUUGGACCUGUUUCCUGAAUGCAGGGUGACUCUCCUGUUAUUUAACGAUGUAAAAAAUGCUGGAGACUUGAGAAAAAAGGUCAUGGAUGGCACCAUGGAUGGUUCAUUGAUAAAUCCUGCAGUGAUUGUCGAUCCAUUUCAGAUCCUCGUGGCAGCAAACAAAGCAGUUCACCUCUACAAACUGGGAAAAAUGAAGACAAGAACUCUAUCUACUGAAAUUAUUUUCAACCUUUCCCCAAAUAACAAUAUUUCAGAGGCUUUGAAAAAAUUUGGUAUCUCAGCAAAUGACACUUCAAUUCUGAUCGUUUACAUUGAAGAGGGAGAAAAACACAUAAAUCAAGAAUACCUAAUUUCCCAAGUAGAAGGUCAUCAGGUUUCUCUGAAGAAUCUUCCCGAAAUAACAAAUAUUACAGAAGUCAAAAAGAUAUAUAAACUUUCUUCAGAAGAAGAAAGAAUUGGGACGUUAUUGGAUGGUAUCAUUUGUAGAAUGUCAACAAAAGAUGUUUUAUGAAGUGUCAGAAAUAUUAAGAGAAAUUUAUAGCCUUAAAGAAAACACUGGGGUUCAGAUCCCAUACUGGCCAGCCACCAAAAAAAACAUUAAUUUUCCUUUCCUGAUGAUAAAAUUAAUAUAUAUUCACUGUAGAAAAUUUGAAAACUCAGAAUGACAUAAAGAAAGUAAACACUCCUUGUCCUACUUCUUUUAUUAUUUUAAAAGAUAACCACUGUUACUAUAAUUUGUCUUCUAGUAUAAUUACUGUCUUCUAGUCUUCUAUUUCCAUUAAGAUAUAUUUUAUUUUUAUAUAACUAGAAUAAAAAUUGCAAACAGUUAUUGAAAGCCUACAGUGUGCUAGGUUCUUGCCUUAGUGAUUUUAUAUUCAUCAAUCCGCUUCCCUCCCUUACUUCUUGGCUGCUCCUGCACACCCUUUCCAAGCCUCUGGCUCCUGUUCUAAGUGUUUUACAUGCAAGAAUUCAUUUAACUCUCACAGCAAUCUUAUGAAGUAGCUACUGUUAUUACCCCCUGUAUUAGUCUGUUUCUGUUGCUUAUAACAAAAUACACAGAACUGGGUAUUUUUAUAAAUAAAAUGUAUUGCUUACAGUUUCUGAGGCUGGGAAGUUGAAAGUCCAGGGAACACGUCUGGUAAGGGUCUUCAGUGAUGCAGGAUGUCACAUUGCAAAAUGGCGGAGCAGAGGUCCUGGUGUGCUUUCCUUUUAAAGCCCUCAGAACCAUGCCCCUGACCACCAUUCUUAACCCAUUCACUAGCCAUGGUCCUACCAUCUAAUCACCUCUUCAAGGCCUCACCUUUCAAUUACCACAAUAGGAUUUCCCAUUCUCAACGGUUACAGUGGGGAUUAUGUUUUGGGGGGACAUUCAAUCCAAGAUACUCCCAUAUUAAGCGUGAGGCAACUAAAAGAUUAUAGAAAUAUUGAACAACUUCCCCAAGGUCAUAGAGCUGGUGUAAAAUCAUUUGUUUUUUUUUUAAUCUCACUUUGUCUUGUAGCUUGAUUGUAUCAGUCACGAUAGACUAUGUCAGGGUCAGCAAACUUCUGUGAAGGGCCAGAGAGUACAUAUUUUCAGGUUUGUGGGCCCUUUGGUCUCUGUUCCAACUACUGAACUCUGGUGUUGUGUGAAAGCAGCGACAGACAAGAUGCAAAUAAUGAGCAUGGUUGUGAUCCGUAGAGGGUUAGAAAUCUUAAUUCGUAUUUGAUUGUUAGAUAGGGUUUUUAGGUAAUGCAUGUAUGGGACAAAACUCCUCAGAUAGGAGUCAAGAGCUUACAGCUAGCGGGCAAGCGCCCACCGAAUCAACUCUAAUCACUGUUUACGUAAGGGAGUGUAUACACUGAUUGUUAAUAUAAUGGGUUCAUUGGAAGAUUUUAUGAGAAGGAAACUUACACAGGACUAAAACCUUUCAUGUGAACAAGAGAACUGAAGCAAAACAGGGAUUGUUCUGAGGGCAAUAACCCUUAAUACAACAAAACUUAAAUGAUGGGAAAAUAUGUGAGUUAAGAUUUCCAAAGACAUUCUGCUAGAUAGUACAUGCUGGUUGUUCCACAUUUUGCUUUAAGCUGUUUCUUUGAGUUUCUUAAGAAAUCGGGCACUUCAGUGAUUAUCUUAUUGUUUCUUUUUGCAUGUCACAUAGUUUAGAUUUAUGACUCUUUCGAUGGUAUAUUGUUUAAACGAUUUUGAACCAUGCGUGGUUGGAUGAAUAUUGUUGUGUAGCCAGUUUUUUAUGUUCUUACUAUGAUUGAUUAACCAUUUGUUUGUCUUCUGUAACUUCCUUGUCUUUGCAAUAAAAACUGAAGCAAAAACCAA